AUGUUUACCAUUCGUUAUUCUACAGCGGUUAUAAAAACGUUAUGUCGUUCGUUUAAUUCGUCUACGAAAGAAAUUAUCAAUGAAAAGAACGGUUCGUGUUGUGUUGAUCCUGGAGCAAAACAGAUUUACGAUGCAAAAGGACACGAAGAGAAACUAGCUGGAAUAGCAACAUACAAAACUGGUCAAGGAAAAUCAACAAUUGUCAUUUUUACCGAUAUUUUUGGUUUCUCUUUUAUUAACAUACGCAAAAUAGCUGAUACAUAUGCACAGGGUACAAAAGCAACUGUUCUCGUACCCGAUCUCUUUAAUGGUGAUUCAAUGAAUCCGAACGAACCGAAUUUAUUCGAUAAAUUACCAGCAUGGCUUCAAAAACAUCCUCCAACAGAUGCUUGUACUGUGGCUGAUAAAAUCAUUUCAAUUAUCAAACGACACUAUGACUCUAUUCAAGUUGUCGGUUUCUGCUACGGUGGGAAAAUAGUGAUUCAUUUGAUAACCCAUCCUGAAUUAUCUUCGUCGGUGAAAGCAGGUGUUGUAGCUCAUCCAUCGUUUCUAGUCAAAGAAGAAGCAAAUCAAAUAAAACGUCCGAUUCUAUUUCAAUGUGCUGAAACUGAUGAAAGAUUUAUACCCGACAUACGUAAACAUUUUGAAAAAGAACUAACUCGAACUGGUCUUGGAAAAUUUAUCGAUUAUCCUGGCACUACUCAUGGAUUUGUUGUUCGACCUGACGGCACUCCACAAGUUGAAAAACAAAAGAAUAAAGCUAUUACAGACGCUAUCGAAUAUUUAAAUAAGAAUUUCUAG